GUUAUCGGGCCUCUUAUCAUUACUUUAGCUGAUAUUUAGCUGUAACACUACAUCAAACUGAUAACUCCAAUCCAUCCAUCUAAAGAGCUGUAUAGAAGAAGAAAUUCAAAGCUUACUGUAACAACCAAUUUAACGGUUUGCUUAUUUUUUCUAGUGCAUUAAAGAUUUCUUUUCAGUUGCUUGAGAUUUAAUUCACUACUAUGCUAAUGAUGGAUGCAUAUCACACAAAUAAUAGAAUGAAAAGUAAAAGAAAGGAAAUACUUUUAAAGAAAUCAAGAACUCAUACUCUAAGAACUUUCGGAAAUUUCAAGGAAUUUCUAGAUGAUUAUGAAAGCAAACAUUUAACAAUAUCACAAGAAAAACUUUUGCCACAUAUAAUACAAUUAGCAACAAGCAAAGCAAAAUUGCCCAAAUAUUUCACGGCAGAUAAACUACAUGCACUAAAUAAAGCAUAUAAACAGGAACUAGAAGAACUUGAUUCUAUUUAUAGAAACUGGGUGCCAAAGAGGAGGCAAAUACUGACUAUAUUAAAUGAAAGUGUUAAAAAUUUAGAAAAUCUUAGACGGUACUCCGCAGAGGGCAGACUAUGGUCAUCUGUGGUCGAUAUUUUGGGAAGGAUUACUUCAGUGGCAUUGAAACCUCUCAGCACUAAAUGGUCAUCUGGAGUUUUAUACACAUCAUCAGCAUUCUGCUUUAUGACCCUCGUCAUUACUUUGGUUGAAAUGUCACGAUCAAACGUAAUUACAGAAGAAGUAAUGGACGUUAUGCGAGAUGAUAGAUAUAUUUCUAAACGCAUUCGCUUAUGGUUUCGGAGACUGUCUGAAUUUGAUCGCCAAGUGCAAAAUUUCUUUCCCCAUGGGAUUGAUACAGGCAUCGUUGAGUGUUUAUUGGGCAUAAGAAAAUGCAGCUGCAGUUUAAGAACGUCGCUAAAACUGCUGCUGCCGAAAGGAGAGUCCCUGAAGCCACAAGAGAUGAUCCGACUAAUAAUUUUGCUGUCAAAUGUCGCAAAGGAUGAAGAUCUGAUGCAUGACGAUGACUUUUUGGCCAAACUGGACUUAUUUUCUAAAAGUUCUUGUGCACAGAACUGGUUCAACAAGUUCAAAUACCAAGAAAAGUAUUCUAUGUCUGAUGACGAUUCAAAAAUUCUCAAUGUGCAAGAUUGUUUGUGGCAAUCUUCCUUAAAUUUUCAGAAGUGGCCAUCAAUCUGUGCACCUAUCUGCAUGCUAUCUUCAGAGUCUAUCGCUUGUAAUUUGAUCCUGAACGCCAUGACAGCUGUCGAAGCUUAUUCAUCUCUUCAUUCAGGAUUGAGGACUAAAGAAUAUAAGGUACUAACAGAAAUUCGAAAUCAAAUGAAAGAAGAACUGUUUACGAUGGAAGAAAUAUACAGAAACAUACAAGCCAGUGAUUUUAAGUGAUUAAUAAUUUAAAGACGUAAAAAUUUGAUUUCUCUGGAAGCAAGUGAGAUUAAUGAGAGAAUGACUUUUCACUGAUGUAUAAUUAGGAGAGAAGAUUUAAGAUAACAAAAAAUUAUUCUGCAUUUGUUACAAAUGAGGGGCGGGAUAAAUUGUACCUCAAUACAUAUACUUAUGAAGUUUAUAGAACUCAAUUUUUUGUUUACUGUACAUAAGAAACGCAAUAUUUGCUUUUAUACCAUUUUAUUUAUUAAAUUAUUAUGAUUGUUGAAAAA